AUGAAAAGUGUCGCAAGUAAAAGUACAGCUGGGCAUGCAUUAACGUUGAAAGAAAUUAUUGAAGAGUGUAGAGCCUUUAUGGCCAACAAAAUUAAAGCGAUGUAUUUUGUAAAAGAGAAAAUUAGUGAAGUAAAACAUGAAGUGCCGGCAGUUAACACAGUGGAAAAGGUGAAGUGUUAUAAAAAAGGGAAAAUGAAGAUGGAAUUGAGUGCAAACAAAAGUGGUUCAAACUAA